AUGGCUGAUCAUGAGUCUGAAGCGGCCCAGGUGCACCCCGCAGUCGAAGAGGCGAGGGAUGCAUCAAUAGGUUUCUCUAAUCCCGCGGAUGCAGAAUAUAAGACGGGCGAUGUGAUUGAGAAAUCGGUGCACCUUCCUACCGGCUACGGCUCGGCUAGUGAUGAUAAUGUCGAUACUCCCAUUGGCGGCGAACCCAACGAACGAGAGAAACAGACACUUCGACGUGUAGGCGAGAGAUUGCCGUUUGCCGUCUUUCUUGUUGCCAUCAUCGAACUCUGUGAGCGUUUCACCUACUAUGGCUGCCAGGGCAUUUUCCAGAACUAUGUCCAAAAGCCACCCGAUGGUAGUCUCGGUCCCGGUGGUUUAGGGCUUGGCCAUGCAGGUGCCACCGGUUUGACUACAUUCUACACAUUCUGGUGUUACGUGACCCCUGUCGCUGGUGGUAUCGUUGCCGAUCAGUAUCUAGGCAAAUACAAGACAAUUCUUGCCUCGUCCUUCAUUUACAUGGCCGGCCUGUUGAUCCUUGUCUGCACGUCGAUUCCUUCAUCCUUGCGCCAUGGUGCCGGUGAGGGAGGUUACGUGACCUCCAUUAUCCUCACUGGCAUUGGAACCGGUGGUAUCAAAGCCAAUGUAGCGCCUUUAAUCGCAGACCAAUAUACUCGCAGAACCAUGGAAAUCUCUCAGACCAAGAAAGGUGAACGAGUCAUUAUUGACCCCUACAUCACCAUCCAGCACAUCUACAUGAUGUUCUACUGGUCUAUCAAUAUUGGCGCUCUCUCGUUGAUUGCGACAACCUAUAUGGAACGGGAUGUGGGAUUCUACUCUGCAUUCACGAUGUGUCUGUGUAUGUUCAUCGUGGGAACGACAGUCCUCAUCCUCGGUAGGAAGAUUUAUAUUGAGCGGCCACCUACUGGCACAAUCGUGACGGACGCUUUCAAAGUCGUUGGCCUGAUGGUCCGCUAUCGCAACAUGGAUGGCGCAAAGCCUUCGUGGUUAGCUGAAGCGGGAGCUUCAGCGGCGGUCAAUUGGGAUGAUACUUUCGUUGAUGAAGUGAAGAGAGCCUUGAUUGCUUGCAAAGUCUUCCUCAUUUACCCUAUUUUCUGGCUCUGCUAUGGCCAAUUCUCCAACAAUUUCGUCAGUCAGGCGCUUCAGAUGGCAGGCCAUGGUAUCCCCAAUGAUCUUAUGCAGAACUUCGACCCCAUUGCCAUCAUUGUCUUUUUGCCCAUUCUAGACCAGAUCUUAUAUCCCUUCCUCCGAAAAAGGGGUAUCCGCUUCAAGCCAAUCAGCCGCAUCACCUUUGGGUUCUUCGUCAUGUCACUCGCAAUGAUGUAUGCUGCUAUCAUUCAGCAUGUUAUCUACACCAGGCCUCCAUGCUAUGGGAAACCUCUCUGCGAUGCUUCCGUUGUAAAUGGUGAAGCCCAGGGCAACGACAUUCACAUCGCUAUUCAAACCCCAGCGUAUGUGAUGAUCGGCAUUGCCGAGAUUUUUGCUUCGGCGACUGGAUACGAGUACGCAUAUACCAAGGCUCCGCCCCGUCUGAAGUCGUUCGUGCAGAGCCUUUUCCUGCUCACGAACGCGUUCGGAUCGGCCCUCAAUGAGGCCUUCUUGCCUGUCCUGUACGACCCGGCUAUCCUGUGGAUGUACGUCGGUAUCACGGUAGCCUGUUUCAUUUGCGGCUGCUUGGUCUGGAUCUUCUUCCACAAGUUGAACGACAAAGAAGAGGAGAUGAAUUUUAUCGAGCACGAUGUCGUUCCAACCAACACGGAGGGAGAACAGAAGGCUUAG